AUGAAGGUGCUACAACUAGCCUCCCUUCUAUACCUUACCUCCCUCGUCACGUCCGCUCCACCCCUUGCGCCAUUGACGGACAUCUCUGUUCGCGACACCUCCCCGCUCGACCAGUUCGCACACCUCGAAAAGCGCAAGGGCGGCGGAGGCGGUAAAGGAGGCGGCGGCGGUUCUUCCUCAGGAGGUUCCUCAAGCGGACGCACUGGGUCUGGUAGCAGUUCCGGUAGCAGUUCGGGUUCAGGCUCAGGUUCAACACGGCCCAACGGCCAACCAUACUCAUUUUCCCCGUCGAGCAACGUGGGUGGACGAACAGUUUCGGGCAGUGGCACACCCAAACAGUUUGGCAAUCGAUACGCAGGAGGAGCGGUAGUGCCUUACACUGCUGGCGCAAGGAGCCCUUCACUAGGCGUUGCGCCGUUCUUCAUCGGGGCCGGUGCGCUUGCUUUCUUCCCAGCAAUCUGGCUCUACGGCAGUGUAUUUGCCUACCCCUACGCUUAUCCCUACCACUGGAUCGACAACGAUGGGCAAAAUCGCACCUCGAACGUCACAUGUUUGUGUCAGCGGUACCAAGUCUGCGGAUGCGACCCGGACAACAAUUCGACAUUCUUGAAUCAAGUAGUCACCAAUGGAUCUACGACACCUGGUGCGCCCGUCAACACGAGCACUGUGCGCACAGUGACUUUCGACAAUGGCACGACGGCCACUUACAUCAAUGGGAGUCUGGCCAAUGGAACGACCGCCAGCGGUGGCACCGAUCCGAGCGAUUCGAGCCAGGUCAGUCCCGCAGUGAGGUUGGCUGUGGAGAUGAGUGGGUACUGGGUUAUGGUUCUCACCGUGGUGCUGGGUAUCUGGACCGUUACUUAG